GCUUUUUUUUUGGCAACAGAGAAGUUCCUCUCUUAGAAAAACAAGGAGGCAGACUUUCUGAUUGGACAUGAGUUUGGAAAGGAUAUGACAUCAACAACAUCCCUCACUUUGUUCUGUGUGCCUGAAAUCCUUUUUCCACUUUUUUAUUAAGCCAAUGAAGAGGCAAUUCUGUUAAAUUGCAAUGCCAAGGCAAGAUGGUAUUUGAGCUCGCAUGAUCUCAAACUGUGAAGUGAAAUAACAGUAUUCAGAAGUGUUGCUAUGGAUGUGGAAGGAGGAAAUGCAGAUUCUCACUCAUCCCAAGGAUCUGAAAGCCAGUCUCGUGUACCUUUGCGACCGAAUCCAUUGAUGGGUGAUUUUGUUUCGGACUGGGCUCCUAUCCACGAUGCUUCCCUGCAUGGGCGACUGCUUGCUCUGAAGAAACUCAUCAAUCAGGGAACCAGUGUGAAUAUUAUGACAGCAGAUUGUGUGUCUCCUCUCCAUGAAGCUUGCCUAGGGGGAUAUUCUGCUUGUGCCAGCGUUUUGUUGAAACAUGGGGCCCAUGUAAACACUGCUACAAUUGACUGGAACACACCUUUGUUCAACGCUUGCAUCAGUGGCAGUGCAGACUGUGUGAAUUUGUUACUGGAACAUGGAGCCAGCCCACAUCCAGCGUGUGACCUGGCAUCACCUGUCCAUGAAGCUGCUAAGAGGGGUCACACCAAAUGUGUAGAAUCCCUUGUAUCUCAUGGAGUCGAUAUUGAUCACAACAUAAAACACCUUGGUACUCCACUUUAUGUCGCUUGUGAGAACCAGCAAGUGGACUGUGCAAAAAAAUUACUUGAGUCAGGAGCAAGUGCAAACACAGGGAAAGGUCUAGAGUCCCCUCUCCAUGUGGCUGCUCAAACCUCCAAUACUGAUAUGGUGCACUUGCUUCUUGAUUUUGGAGCAAACACAAGGGCCAGGAAUGCUGAGGGCAAAAGGCCGACAGAGCUGGUUUCACCAAGCAGCCCACUUGCACAGAUAUUUCUUCAGAGAGAAGGACCUUUCUCUUUGAUGCAGCUAUGCCGCUUAUGCAUAUGGAGGUACUUGGGAUCCAAACAACAACAAAGAAUAAACGAACUUCUGUUGCCCGAUGAGCUGAAACGGUUUCUCUUGUAUAUUUAAAGAUUUUAUGUUUCCAUGUUCUUAUUAAAUUUUUAUUUCUUA